CUUUGUUAAUACUGCGUCUCUGACGCACGUAUCACAUGCACUUUAUCGUCAGUUACAGUUUUCGUUGCGAAACAAUCGCUUUUUUAUCGUUUAAAUUUGCUGCUGCUUUGUUUAACAAAGAAAAAAAAAUAGUGAAAAAUUUCAUUGUUCCGAUAUAUUCAAAUUGUGAAGUUUUAUUUUUUUUUUAGUUUGAGCUGAGUGACAAAGUUCAUUUCAAAAAAUCAAAACAUAAAACGAAAGACUGAUCAUUUUAAAUUAAUCCAUUAAUUGAAACACAGAAUCAAUUUGCUUAUGCAAAUAUAGAACCGUUUGGUGUGCCGAAAAGAAUUGUGAAAUUCAAAAUUGAAAUUCCUAACAUCACGAAGAGAAUUGGAAACUCGCCGAGAGAAAGAGAAGGAGAGAGAUCAUCUGUGUGUUUUUCAGUAAAUGAGUUUUUCGAUCGCGUUCAGAAGAAGAUAGAAGAAACAAAAGUCUAACGAGAAUUUUAUUGCAUUUGCCCGCAACUCACUGGAAAUCUCCCAUGAUGGAAUCGUCGACAGCCGCUAGGCUAUCACCGCAAACAACAACAAAAGCAACAACAACAACAAAAAAUACCAAGGUAUCAUCGAUGAGCCCGUCUCGAACGCUAUCAACACCACCCUCUGGCGAACUGGCCGCAGCUGCUUACGUUUUAUCAUUACAAGGAACAAUGGUGUCUACCCUUCAACAAGCUGCACUGAGCUAUCAAGCGCUAGAAUACUAUUUGGCAUUGCAACGCAUGAGCAAAGCAGAUGUUCUCCAACUCACAAAAGCUGCCGCCCGAAAUCAAAACCUAGACACUUCAGCUGAUAAUGACUCGAUAAUUAUUGAACAAUCGUAUAUAAACCCAUUACUUGAUGAUGGUCAAGGUAUUGAUAUUGUUCAUAAAUCCAAUGAUCUGCCACUUCUCGAUGCUGACGAUGAUCUCGCCUUUGAUACAACACUUGAUUCGCCCAGUGAACACUCGAUCAAUUUACUAAACAACGGUUUAUCCAAUUUAUUAUUCAAUGGCCAUUUUCAGCAGUUUGGAAAUGAAUUACUACAACAUUCGGUCGUCGACACUGAACACAGUCCACAAAUUAGUGCAAAAAAGCAGCUAUCUAGUUCACAGGGAUCGAAUUUGAGCUCACCAACUGAAACGAUCACCACUUUAAGUGGAACAAUGCCACGUCCGAAGAAGCAAUUUAUAUGCAAAUUUUGCAGUCGACAUUUCACGAAGUCAUACAAUUUGCUAAUACACGAACGAACACACACUGAUGAACGGCCCUAUUCCUGUGACAUAUGCAACAAAGCAUUCCGAAGACAGGAUCACCUGAGAGACCACAGAUACAUACAUUCGAAGGAGAAGCCAUUCAAAUGUACCGAAUGUGGCAAGGGAUUUUGUCAAUCGAGAACGUUGGCCGUGCAUAAGAUUCUUCACCUCGAUGAAUCGCCACAUAAAUGUGCAAUCUGCAGCCGCAGUUUUAAUCAACGAUCAAAUCUAAAAACGCACCUCCUAACUCACACCGACAUCAAACCAUAUCACUGUUCAGCAUGUGGCAAAGUGUUCAGAAGGAAUUGUGAUUUAAGGCGUCACAGUUUGACACACAAUUUGGCCGGCACAGGGAGCGAUACAACACCGAUCGCACGGAAUGCAACCGCAUCGGAUCUCGUGACCGCUACAAAAGUAGAAUUAAUUGCAGCACUAGACUAAGCAAACACACAUUCCUCACAAUACAAAUAUAAUAUGUCUAGAGAUUAGGUCAAAACAUACAAUUUUAGUAUUUCGAAGAGCUUUAAAUUUAAGUGUCGUUUUUUUUUCUUCAAGACAACGCUUCUUGUCUAUUCUAAUAAGAAUUGGUGUGUCAUUUUGAAUUUUUAUUUAUGAACGACUACAAAAUCUUAUUCAUCCAGAAUUAUUAGCAUGAUCUAGUUUCAGAUUAACAAUUUUACUAUUGCAUGGCGUUAUUGUUUAUUUUCCCAUAGAAAAUUGUUUUGAACGACAAGCGACAGAGACAAUUUUUAUGUGUCAAGUAUCUCGAAAGGCGAAAUUUUUCAAAAAAUUAUAAAAAAAAAAAAAUUGUGAUUGAACAAAUACACUGCUUAGUAAUUAAGAGUAAGGUCACAAGGUCUCUUUGAAAAAGAAUUAACGCGCUAGAACAAUAAGUAUCGGAUAGAGACUAUAAAUAGCAUUAUAAUUGCUGCCACUUAAUAAUUCUAAUGUACAAAUUGUGUCAUUUCGAAAAGGUAAUUCGAUAUUCUUUGUACGUUGAUUGUUUUAGUACACAUACAAACACACACACACACACACACACACACGAGAGCAUUGAUGGUUUGUUCGGUGCUCACUUUUGUCAACCAACGCAAACAAAACUGAAACGUAAAAUGCAAA